AGUCGCUCAAAUGUUUUGUUACAAAAUGUUCUUUUAAUUUUAAUUGGUCAAAAUAAAUUUAUAAACCAUUGUUGAACCAAUAGAAAUCAUUAAAAGUGACGUUGCGUUACGUUCUGCAGGCACUAGGAAUAAAAAAGUAGUAACUAGGUACUCGUAGUGUAAUCAACGAAAGUUAUGAGAAUUUGUCCAAGAAGUAAAAUGUUUCAUUGAAUCUAUGACGUAUGCAGUUUUAUCGCUAUUGGAUAUACCUAGUAAUCCAAUAAUUCCUUUCAAUGCUAGUCGUUGUUAGUCGUCGCUCGUACGGCGGACGUCUUUGUGGUGCUGUGUAAGAUUUGGACAAGGUUUUAUUUAUUUGGAUGUAAUUGUCAACGACCAUGAAUCUUUGGAGUAUAAUCGCGAUUGUACUAGUUCCUUCUAUAGUAAAUUGUGCUGUGAUUGCAAACGACGGUGAUGUUGAUGAGCAAGGUUUAUAUAGUAAGUCAGAUCAUGUUAUUAUCUUAACGCAGCGAAAUUUUGAGAAGAAGGUGUAUAGCCAAAACCAUGCAGCAAUCGUUCAAUUUUAUAACAGCUACUGCGGUCAUUGCAGAGGAUUUGCCCCAAAAUUUAAGGCUCUAGCAGCUGAAGUGGGUCCAUGGAAAAAUUUAAUUCAGCUUAAAGUUAUGGACUGUUCCAUUGAGGAAAACAAUGAGAUAUGCAGAGAGUUUGAAGUCAUGGCCUACCCUUCAUUACGUUACAUUCAUGAGCAUUAUGUGAAAGCAAACCACAAUGUGGGUGAUCGUAUUCAAAUGACUGACACUGCAGAAAAACUGAAGGCUCAAAUAAUCACCAAAUUGCAGCAGGAACAGACUCUGGGCAGGAUGAGAUUUGCGCCCAAAUUGUCUAUUGCAUCAUAUGCUUCUUAUGCUUCGGUUCUUGAUGAUGUUCCAAAUGAUGUAAUCUAUACAUUUUUAGUAUUUGAAAAUGAAAACUCAACUGUUGGAUCAGAACUUGCAUUGGAUAUAAAUGAUUAUAACCACAUAAAAGUAAAAAGAGUUUUUGAUACUAGUGAGUUGGCAAACACAGCAGGUGUCAGCCAUUUUCCAGGCCUUGUUGCUGUAAGUUCCAUGUUGGAUGCUAAUUCGCUUACUCCAAAAAAUCCAACUAAGCAAAAUCUAUUGGCAGCUGUGAACACAUUUUUGAAGUCGAAAAAUUAUGUUUUCCCCACACGUGACACACCUGAGCUGGAAAUGAUUCAUAAUGAUCACUCAGAUGAGAAAUUAACUUCAACUCACUCCGAUGCUGUAUACUACAGUGACCUAGAAAAGACACUGAAAACAAGUUUAAAUACUGAAAUUACAAGAUAUAAAAGCCUAACAGGAGAACCUUUGACUGUUCUUUUAGAUUACUUAUAUGUCCUGAAAACCUUAUUCCCAUUCAAAAACAACAAUCUUAAAGAAUAUAUUGAAAAUAUACAUGAUACACUUCGUACCAGAAGUGAGUGGAAUGGAAAUGAUAUUUACGAAAUUGUGAAGCGAUUAGAAACUGUCCAUGCACCAGUCUACAUGUCACAAUUAGAAUAUAUCGGAUGCAAGGGAAGUCAGUCAAAAUAUCGAGGUUAUACCUGUGGCUUAUGGACCCUAUUUCACACACUGACUGUUAAUGCUGCACUUAAGCCUGGCAACGAAGGGCCAAGAGUUUUAAGAGUGAUGCAUGGUUACGUAAAACACUUUUUUGGAUGCACUACUUGUUCAGAACACUUUCAGGCUAUGGCUGCUCGAAACAGAUUAUUUGAUGUAAAAGAAAAUGACAAAGCUGUGCUAUGGUUAUGGAUAUCACAUAAUGAAGUGAAUUUAAGACUUGCCGGUGAUGUGACGGAGGAUCCAGAGUAUCCAAAGAUUCAGUUUCCAAGUGUAACUAGAUGUCCCGAGUGUAGGCUAGCGAGAGGUGCUUGGAACUUGCCAGCGGUCUACCAGUAUCUGCAAAGUGUUUAUGGUGCAGGGAACAUUCGUGACACAAGAAGAGCUAGAUCAGCUGCAACUGCAGCAAGCCCUUUCUCCAACCUGGAUAUCGGAAUGUUAAGCCUCCUUUUGCUCCUACGCAUCUGGGCGGGAAGUGCUACCAGUUUAGGCUAAGGUACAUGGGUUAGAUAUGAAUUGAAGCAGCGAAUGGCGUUCAAACUACAUCUACCUUAGGCCAAAAACCUUUGAAAUAUGCUAAAUAUUGUUAUUUUGUAGUAUCAUCUGUGAAAUGUCUAUAUUUUAAUUACUGUAAUACAUAACGAUAAUGUCUUCUUAUUGUAUUUGUCCUAAUAUUAUGUAUUCGCCUAGUAAAUGCGUUAAGUAAUUUAUUUUAUAGAUCUAAAUAAAUCCUUUAAUUCACUUUUAGCUACACAAUAAGAUUUAUUUACAUGUUGAUGUAGAUAAUUACGAGUAAGUCAUUAUGCUGUGUUGUUUACUGAAAUAUACUUGAUAUUUUUUUACGUAAA